UGGAUAGAAUUAAUUUAUGCUGCCACACUUCACUUACUACUACAAUCUCGCUAAAUCAAGAACCAUUCUUGUUUUUUCCAUCUUAGUUUUCAGUUUUCUUUUUUUCUCUCUUCUUCAUCAAUGUUCUGAUUUAUCAACAACCCAUACAUAUUUAUCAGAUCCCUAUGGCUUUACCUCAAAUCUUACCUUCACCUUACAAACCCCACUUAAACCCUAAUCAUCUCUUCUUAACUCAUCAACCCAAUUACCAUUUUACCCCUCAAUGUCAAUCAUUACUCCGUCGCCGGCGUAACCCGACCCGUAUCAUCCAAUGCUCCGCUUCAUCCUUCCCUGAAAAACACCACACAAAUGGUCCUUCACAUCCCCCAAACGACGUCGUUGAACUCCCACUUUUCCCACUCCCAUUAGUUCUCUUCCCAGGUGCUAUCCUUCCACUUCAAAUCUUCGAAUUCCGUUACCGUAUAAUGAUGCAUACACUCCUCCAAACAGACCUUCGUUUCGGCGUAAUUUACUCAGACACAACAACAGGUACAUCCGACGUUGGUUGUGUCGGAGAAGUCGUUAAACAUGAACGACUUGUCGACGACAGGUUUUUCUUAAUCUGUAAAGGACAAGAAAGGUUCCGUGUUAACAAACUUGUACGGUCUAAACCGUAUUUAGUUGCUGAGGUGACGUGGCUUGAGGAUAGACCAUCUGGUAAUGAGGGUGAUGACGUGGAAGGGUUAGCUAAUGAAGUUGAAAGUUAUAUGAAAGAUGUGAUUAGGUUGUCUAAUAGGUUGAACGGGAAAGGUGAGAAAGAAGCAACGGAUUUGAGAAGGAAUUUGUUUCCAACGCCUUUUUCGUUCUUUGUUGGGAGUACUUUUGAAGGAGCACCAAGGGAACAACAAGCGUUACUUGAGUUGGAAGAUACUGCUAUGAGAUUGAAGAGAGAAAAAGAGACUUUGAGGAAUACUUUGAAUUAUUUAACUGCUGCUUCUGCUGUUAAGGAUGUGUUUCCAUCUUCUUGAAACAAACAUGUAAGAAUUUUGGGUUGUGUAAUUUAUAUAUACAUGGUGAUGAAUUGUGUUAAGAAUUUGUAAAUUUUGAUGCCUAAUAGUACUAGUUCUUGCAA